AUGACUUUCCUCUUUUGUAAAUGGCUGAUAGCCACCAAUAUUGUCACUCGACGUAGGAGGAUAUCAGACUCAGAGGAAGAAAUAGCUCCACGGCAAGCAGCAGAACUGCCUCGCGAAGCUGUGAUGUCGCCUCGAGGAAAAGAGGCUGCUGAAUCAUCAAGGAAAGGAAAGGAACCGGCUCGCUCAGUCGGUAGUGAAGAAGAAUUUGACUCUGAGGAGACGGAGACUUCCGAGGAGGCGGGUGAGACUAGCUCAAGUUCUGAUGAAAGAGCGGGUCUUUCUGAUUCUUUCUUUGAAAGAGGACUUGUGUGCCCAUCUGUUGCUCCUACUCAAUCACAAGCUACUUCGAGAAAACGGGGAGAGAGGGUCGUCAUGACCUAUCCUAAUCGGAUGACGGUAGACAUUCUCAGUGGGGACGAAGAGGAUGAAGAGGAUGAAGUGCCUCUUGCUCGUCGACAAAGAUCACGACCUCCCACUCAAGCUCAAACCCAAAUUCCUCCUCGAACUGAAUUACGCACCAAACGUCGUCACGAAGGUCCUGAAGCACAUCCACCGAAGAAACAAAAGAAAGCUGCUUCUAAACCGCGCGUUCAUCUUUCUGCCGUAGAAGAUAUCUCUGGUCGUAAUGUUUCUUCUGAUGAACUAGGUAAUUAUUUAUUUUUAUCUCUCUUACAUUUUUUUUUAAUGCUCGAACUCAUUUCAUUUCCAAUUUCUGUAGAGAGUCAAGAAGAGGGAGAAUAUCGAGUUGGAGCUGCUUCUCCUGGAGGUAUGGAGACUGAGGAGACCAGCUUCGUCCAGCAAAUGCAAGAUGUUCUGAAAGAAGGACCAGCUGACGUUCCACCCACUCCUGACGUUGAUCCAUCAGCUGCGGACACAGUCAAAUUAAAAGAAGCAGGUACCAGUAGUGGAGCUCUCGAAUCAGCCCCGACCAACGAAGAUGUCACAAUGCACGAAUCUGUUGGAGGAGAGACCACGCAUACAACAGAGGUCGAGGAAUUCAAUGAACAUCACCUCGAUUUCAAUCUCUCUGAAGGCGACCAUGAGUAUAUCUCCGACUUACUAUCGGGGAAAACUCCUGGUGCAGCCACGGAAUCCAACGUUGGAGUCGGUCCAACAGAAGCAGGUCCUUCUGAAAGACCAGUUGCUGGAACUGAUACUACUAUAAUCAUUGGUACGUCUGAUCGACUGGAGAGUAGUGAACUUGUGCCGUGGACAAGAACCGAAGUUGAUUUGCAAUCAUCAGUUCUUGAACCUCAACCUUCUACUCCUAUGGACCCCAUGAUGAUAGAAGUCACUGUCACUCCCCAGAUUAGUCCAGUUGCAACAAAAGCGAGACCAACUGAAGAAGUUGGUACAUCGGCCGAUGUUGUGACUAGAAUUGAAUCUCCUCUUAAAGAGUCUCUUAGUUUGGACCCGCCGUCCUCUGAGACUUUAGUUGAAAAAGUCCCUGAUGUAGCGGGUGCAUCAACAGCUACCAUUCCUGAACCAAUCUUGACUGUUCAGGAAUCCAGAUUAUCAUCCUUGAGCGAACCAAGUCAUGCUGAAGGUUCUUCCGUCGAAUUUGGUAUGCUUUAG